AUGAAGUCUGUUUUCUACAGUCGCUUCUUCAUCCUUCUUCCUUGGGUAUUGAUUGUUGUUAUUAUUAUUGAUAUUGAUACCAGGAGACCUUCUAAUACCAACAGAGUACCCAUCACCCGCCACUAUUCUCCAUACUGGAAACAUAGGAUUGGUCGGGCAGCUUUGAUGAGACUCCAGCCAAGCGACAUCAGCAUGGCUUCAUGGCCCACCAAUCAAGAACAGUUGACUAGCUCUGAUAAUCAGUGGGCAAACAACAAUACUAUGCCCAUUAUAUAUGCCAUCACCCCUACUUACAGCCGACCUGUACAGAAGGCAGAACUUACUCGCCUAGCCAACACAUUCCGUCAGGUUCCUCGUUUACAUUGGAUAGUAGUAGAGGACUCACCACAUCCUACAGAUUUAGUCAGCCGUUUUUUGGCUGGGGCAGGUUUAAGGGCCACUCACUUGCAUGUACCCACACCAAGGAGAUAUAAACGAUCUGGUUCACCUCGAGCUACAGAACAGAGGAAUGCCGGAUUGGCUUGGCUUAGACAGCAGUACCAACCCAAGACUCAUCAUCAUCCUCAGCGAUCGGAAGUCCAGAAGUCACCUGUACAACAGGAGCACCCUGCAGGCAUUGUCUUCUUUGCUGAUGAUGAUAACACUUACAGUCUGGAGCUAUUCCAGGAGAUGCGCACAACUCAGAAAGUCUCAGUAUGGCCAGUGGGCCUUGUUGGUGGGCGACGGUAUGAACGUCCCGUUGUUGAAAAUGGAAAAGUUGUGGGUUGGUACACUGGAUGGCGAGCAGACAGACCUUUUGCCAUUGACAUGGCAGGGUUUGCUGUGAGUCUUCAAGUGAUUCUUUCAAGUCCUAAAGCUGUGUUUAAACGCCGAGGCUCCCAGCCAGGAAUGCAGGAAUCCGAUUUUUUAAAACAGAUCACGACAGUACAAGAACUGGAGCCCAAAGCAAACAACUGCACCAAGGUUCUUGUGUGGCACACUCGAACAGAAAAGGUCAACCUAGCAAAUGAGCCCAAGCGUCUUCAGGAUACAAUUAAAAUUGAGGUAUGA